ACUGAUCUCUAGUGACAGUUCCACACAUGCCCAGUAGAUGGCAGCAAAGCCAAACGCUUACACGCCUGAGCCCUUGUUGUGCUUCCUGAUCUGUUGCUGCCAGACGCGCACUGGGUUUGAAUGGUGCGGGCUGAGUUUGUGGGGCCCCCAGCCGGGCGGGGGAAGGAGCAUGGCAGCGCUGGCAAGUUCCGAUCCACCCUGCGAUACCCUGGAGCAGAGAAAGCACAAGGGGCAGAAUCUCUACUACCAGAUCUACGUGAGGAAGAUGCAGGAGCUGCCGCCCGAUGUGCACCGCUUCUGCGACCCUGAAUUGUCCGCCCCCCGCAGGAAGGAGCUGUUGCACUUACUCCGGAGCCUGGAGGAGGGGUCGAGCUGUCAGCGGCUGCAGAUCCUCUUCUCCUUCUCGGUGCCCAGUCCCAUGGUGCUGGAGCUGCUGUGUGCCCUGAGGGAGCCCCUGGUGUCAGCUGGAGCUGGCACAGGGUACUGGGAGUUUUUGCUGCAGAGUCGUGGCCUUGAUGUGGUUGCAUUUGACCAAAACAACAUUUUCCCACCAGAAAUGCGCUACACAGAGAUCAUGACUGCUGGCCCUGAGAUCCUUGAGCUGUUCCCAGACAGAGCUCUGCUCCUGGCAUGGCCUGAUGCAGAUGAAUCAUCCAAAUUUUCCCGUGACUGCCUGACCUACUACAGGGGUAAAAUGAUAUUCCAUGUUGGGGAACUUCUGGGAGAGACAGUCUCCUCUAAUCCGUGGGGGCAGUCAUCAACGCGUGACUUCCAGCUUUGCCUUGCAGAGGAGUUUUGCUGUGUGAAGAGGCUACAGCUUCCCAACUGGCCUGGCCAAGUGGAUUCAUUUACUGUAUGGAAGAGGAAGAGCCCCCAGUUGGUGCUGUGUGAUGGCGCUCAUUUCCAGUAUGUGGAUACACGACUAGAGGAAGCUCCAUAGUUAUAAAACCCCAAACUAACUUUCCAUGCAUCCAGAGGCAGAACACCUAUCACAAGGGAGGUCCAAGCACGCGGCAUGAUAAAACACGUGGCAUGAUAACUUCCUGCUCCACCACCAUAUGCCUAUUCCUAAAUGGAUUUUCUACUAGUGAAUGUGUUUUUUUUACUCCGACUGUUGCUGUGGAGUCUGUGUCCCAGUGUUACCAGCAGUGCCCUAGUGCAGGAAUUACCCACUAAACCCGCAAAUUUAUGUGUUUGUGGAACAAAUAUUUAUAUGUUGGAUUCUAAAUAACAAAAUGCUCGAUGCUGGAUAUUUGUGAACAUAUAGCACAGUAGCUUACGUACCCGGUCAGAUCGCUUGUCGUACAGCUUAAUGGUGCUCUGAAUGCUUGCAUGGCCAAAAUACGUGUCAGCAGAAUUGUGGGGUGACGCAGCCCCAAACUUCCCAUUGUAAAGCCAAAACUAACCUUUUGCCUAGUGAAACAAGAUGUAAUUCUAAGCCACUUUUCCAAUUUGUAUUCAUUCUAAUUUUAUAGAAGCUUUAAAGUGCAAUUGCUACUGAGAGGAAUAUCUGUCAGUCCCCCGCUAUGGUGUGCACUGCUGGUUAAGACUAGUAGCAAAAGCCAACUGAUUAAUAGACCUGUCUUGGCUGGAGGAGAGCUGACUUCUGCUACUUUUGUUUAUGCACCAGGAGAGCAGAAAGGGACAAAAAUACCCUUUUUGUUAACCAAUAAGAUAAUCACCUUUUAAACAGGUGAACGGCAAAUACUGAUUGGCUGCUACAUGUGAUUAGACCUAUAGCAGACAUUGCACUUUUUAUUACAUAACCCUUUUCAAGUUUUCAAAACCAAGGUCUUCAGCAUUCUUGCCGAUCAGAGCUACAACUCCCAGAAGCCUUAGCAAUUUCCAAACACAUUUUAAGCAGCGUUAGCAGUUGCAAAAGUGAAGUAUACAUAUAUAUUUUCAAAUGAUUUCUACUUACAUUUUAUAGACUGAUUUUGAAACAAAGAUUUGUGUACUUUUUCUUGGCUCUGUACAAUAAAGGAACUUCCUCAUUAUAUACCAAGCAAACAUUUCUUAAAGGGCACCUGUCACCCUGAAAUUGACUUUCCCCCAGAAGUGUGGUCUAAUAGAGCCUGCAUUCCAGUUGGGGGAAAAAAAUGUUUUUGUUUUUUUAAUUAUAACCCCCUACAGCACUAGGCUCCCGGGGCAGGCAGCUAUGUUGUGUGAAGAGUAACCUGUGUUUGUAAAUAAUACCAAAUAUUUUGAGAAAAAUAAAUACAAAUAAAUCUA